AUGGGGACACUCUCUGUCUUCCUGGAUGUCCCCUUGGCUAAAAGGGCUGACAUCCCCCUAGACUUCUACAGAGAAGAUCCACAUCCCCAAAAGGUGUUGCUUGGCCAUGCAGGUUGCCAAACUGAUGCUGGCGAAGUUUGGAUCCCACCUGUGGUGCAACGUGUUUUGCUCCAGAUCUCUCAGGAUCCAACACUGAACCAUGAAUACCUCCCAGAGCUUGGGAUUUACGAGUACACUAGAGCAGCCACUGAGCUGGCGAUUGGCAAGGACAGCCGUGCUCUCUUAGAGAACAGGGCCGGGGGGGUUCAUACAGUCGGUGGGACAGGUGCUCUUUGGAUUGGAGCUGAAUUUCUGUGCCGCUGGUACAACCCCAGGUUCUUGAAUCUAUCUACUGUCUACAUUGCCAAGCCACAACUGGACAGUCUCGGGUGUAUAUUUCAAGUUGCUGGCUUUAAAGACAUUCGUCCUUAUCAUUGUUGGAACCCAGUCAAAUUGACCAUUGACGUAGAAGAGUUUUUGCAAACGCUGCAGAAUGCACCAGUAGGCUCUAUUGUCUUCCUUCAUGCGCCAGAAGAAAUUGGCCUGAAGGCCCAAGAAUGGAAAGCAGUUGCAACAACGAUGGAGAAAAAACAGCUCUUUCCCUUUUUCAACAUUGAAAGUCAGGGCCUGGCCUCUGGAAAUCUGGACAAAGAUGCCUGGGCAUUGCGGUACUUUGUGGGGAAAGGCUUUGAACUUCUGUGUGCCCAGUCUUUUUCCAAAAUGUUUGGCUUAUAUGAUGAGAUGGUGGGGAAUCUUAUUGUGGUGACCAAAAACAACCAGACGCUGAUCAGAAUCCACUCCCAGUUGGGCAGGCAAAUAUCUACGACAUGGGAGAACCCCUCUAGCUUGGGGGCCCGGGUCGUUGCAAUGGUGCUGAAUAGCCCUGCCUUGCUGUAUGAGUGGAAACUGAGUCUCCGGAUGCUAGUAGAGAGGAUUAUGCUGAUCAGGGAGAAGCUGAAAGAGAAGCUGCGGAUCCUUGGGACACCUGGCUCCUGGGAGCAUCUCACAGCUCAGUCAGGAAUCUGUAGCUUCAUUGGGCUCCGCCCUUCCCAGGUGGAGUUCCUAGUGAAGCACAAACACAUCUACCUCUUUGAAAACAAGCAGAUCAACAUCUGCAGCAUUAGCUCAAAGAAUCUGGACUACGUUGCACAGAGCAUCCAUGAGGCAGUAUUAGCCACCUCUUCUGAGGACUAG